ACGAGAACCCACGUAUAACUGAAAGUGCCCGUAUAUGGAUGGGGGAUCCUGCGUCGACUUCGAGGGAAAAUGGCAUGACUUUCUUUAUUUUUUUCUGACGGCAAUCGCGUUUCCACCUGCGAGGGCAAACACCCAGCACACUCAACUCUGCGUGGAAGGUAUUACCCUUACUCCGCUGGAUCUGUUGAAGGCAACCGUAACUGCCACAGCUGGGCUGGUAACAUCUGUCAAAUCCCGAUGUACGAACGGAUAAAGGACGACAAAGAUCGGCUCCUUGCGUGUACUUAUUAUUGCCAACCUCACAACUGGAAUUCGUGCUGGUUCAAGGAAACAGAGGGGUCGAAAUGUGUGAGAUUUGGCACAUCCUACCGAGGAAAAUGCCACAAUGGUAUUUGUAUCAGCAGUGUAAAGAAAUACAAUGAACUCAAAGGGAAACCUGUCAUUGCAACUAGGACGUGUGAAAGGGGGUACGACUACCUAAGUGACAGCUAUGGGAUAUACGGCUGCAAGUACUACUGCUCUGCCGUGAACCCUACUAUAGGAAGUGAGCCUGACGGGACUAAUUGUCAGGACCCUGCCCGGGCUCGUACAGGAAAAUGUCAAAGAGGCUACUGCGUGCCCCUAUAAAUGUCAGUAGCAGAUGUCAAUAUGGAUGCGUAAUACAAUAAUAAACUAUUAAUACA